AACAAACCAUGUUCAGGUUUCAGAGUGCCCGUCCUUUGUGACAUCAGGAGAUUUACAGGGCUUCACAGCUAAAGACAUGUGACGAAAAAUUAAAGAGGCUUGUUUAACAUUGUUCCCUACAUCACUUGUUUGCUACAUAGAUAGUGACUGAAUGGAAAGAAUAUAUUGGCCGGGCUCAUUUAAGCUAAACUCUAUUCGAGCUAUUAGCGAGCUUAUUUCAAGCAACUCACGAGCGGUUUCGCUGGCUCGUUUACAAUACCCUUAACUAUAUCAUAUGUAGUAUAAUAACCGAAGUUUCCAUUUUAAAUUACUGUUUUUGGAUCUAAUGUAUUUUUACAUGUUAAACUUUUUUCAAACAAUUGCGAAAGCCGUUGGAGACUAGUACUCUGGGCGGGCUGCGUUAGCCGCAACCCGUGAACUUGCACAAAAGAUUCAGAAAGUCAUGUGCGCCCUUGGUGGCUACCUUGGUAUGAAGGUUUCGAAACCGCUGAUUGCAACCAAGGUUACUCAUUUUAUAUCACAUGAGGAGAAACUUUCAGUCACGGAUUUCAUUGAUAAGACGGUAAGUGAUGUAGAGCAUGUGAAACCACCUCCGGUUGAAAGUACUUCUUUUAAGCUCGUACAAGAUGUUAAAGAUUUGAAGGAAUUAGCUGCUAAACACUUUUGUGACGUUGCUGCAAAUAAAGAAUACCAAAAUGCGGACUGGCGGUUGCGACCGUUGACUAAUGAAAUGCUGAGAUAUGCUAGAGAAGACACACAUUAUCUUCUGUACAUAUAUAAUCUUAUGAAAAGAAAGCUGCUUUCAUCAUCAACAGAUCCAAACUGCUCCGAAGCAUCUCUUGUUGAGGUUGUAUGAUGCUGAUCUCAACGGCCAGCAACUUGCGAUUGUUGCAGGAUUUUGUGAGUGGAGAGGUGUUAUUGCUGGUUCAGAAGAUGAAAGUACCGGUUAUAUAUUGCCAAACAAAGUUCUUAUUGAAAUUGGUAAUGCAGUAGCUCUUUCAUAAUUUCAUUCCUCUUUUUUUUUUAAUUUUGAUUUUAACUUAUUAUAUUUUUAUCUGUUCUAUUUCUAAAUUAAAGCAAAUGCCGGUGACAACUGGAAAAUUGCGACACCUAUUGAAAUCGAGACGCCCAUAUAUUGAGCGAAAUCUUGGUUCAAUCGUUGGCAUCAUUAUGAUUUUUACAUUUUAUAAUUUUGUUUUUAUAAUUUUGUUUUUACUUUUUGCAUGCCACUAGAUGGCAUUUUUUUUGUAGUGAGAUAACUAUUUUAUUAAAAUGCUCGAAACAGCCCAGAUUCGGAUAA